AUGGCAACAAUCGGCAACGUCUUAGUGCUGGUUGUGUUCUACAAGCAUAAGAAGCUGAGGAAGAAUCCCCACAACCAGCUGCUUCUGAACCUCGUUAUCUCCGACCUGGGCAUCUCUCUGUUUGGGUAUCCGCUGACAACAUCGUCUAAUUAUGCUGGCAGAUACCUGUUUGGGAAAGUUGGUUGCGUCAUACAAGGCUUCUUGACUUUCACCCUGGCACAGACCGACAUGAAUACACUGGCUUGUUUGAGUGUCUAUCGUUUCAUUGCAGUGUGUAUGCCGGGGGAUGUUCACCGCCUAACCCGUUCUGUGACCAUCAAAGUGAUAAUAUUCCUGUGGGUGUAUUCCCUUUUAUGGACCGUUCCUCCGCUUCUGGGCUGGAGCGCCUAUACCUACGAACCCUUCGGGACCUCCUGCAGCAUAGACUGGGACGACGAGGACUCCGGAGCUGUCGCUUACACAUGGUGCCUAAUUGUCUACUGCUUCAUCCUCCAUAUCAUCAUCAUAGCCUACUGCUACUACAAGAUCGCCAUGAAGGCCAAGGAGGUCCACUCAAGGCUCAAGCAUUUUACCAUUGGGGGAAUAUGCAACUCCGAUUCCAUGUGCCUGCGACGUGUUCAAAUGGAGCGGAAAUCAAGCCUUAAAUAUGAGAUUACUGCCUUGGAAUACACGGAUUCCGUUGCGAACAUGAUAGGCGCGUGGGAUUAA